GUUUCAAAUAAAAAUAGUACAUCAUUAAAUAAUUGUUUGUCUUUUACAAUGACUGCAAUACGCUUAUCAACAAAUUCAGUAAAAAAUCGAUCAUUAGUUCCGUCCAUUCAAGAACAUAUAAUUACAAUGGAAGAAGUUUUGUGGCAUGAUAACGCUGAAGAUUGUUGGAUUAUUUUGUAUGAUCGAGUUUACAACAUCACAGAAUUUCUUUUGGAGCAUCCCGGUGGAGCCGAUGUAUUAUUAGAGCACGCUGGUCGUGAUGCAACAUUAGCAUUUCGUGGAGCUGGACAUAGUAUAAAUGCAAUAAAUAUAUUAAAACGUUAUCAUAUCGGUAUUUUGCCAUUACACGAGAGAAUAUUUCGUAAACCAGGAGGUUUGAAAUUAAAAGAAAUGCCAGAAUAGUACUUAGUAAUUAGUAGUUGAGUAAUGUUUAUUUAUUUUUUUAUAUGUUAAUUUAUAUUUUUUAAUA